UGAUGUUAUAUCUGUUCUUAGUUAUAUAUUUGUCUGAAUGGAAUCAUGGGAAUGGGGAUAGGAAAGAGAAGCGAGAAAUAAAAAGGCGAAUAAGUGAAAAAUAAAGAAAAAAAAAAGAGUCUGUGCUCCAGGUGGACAUUCUCUAAAAAAAAAAACCCUCCCUUGGACACGUUAUUAUUCGCUGUCAUAAUCGCCUGCCGUUUUGUGCUGGCAUUUUCCAACACUUAUUAUACCCUCGUCGUGGCCAAGGGAGUGGAAAAGGGCCCGAAAUAAGAGCAAAAAGAGGGAAAAAUAGGGUGCCAUUCCCAUUUUCUACGCGUGGGCUUUGCCGGCGGACGCGCCUCAUCCCCUCAUUGUUGACGAAGGAGCGAGGAACAUUUUGCAAUUUCCAUCGAUUUUCCAUGAGUGCCAAGGAGCUCUGUGCCCAUUCCAACUUCGUACAGGGACGUGCUACUAUGAAGUUAUGGACUACGUAGGGAACACGCCGAAAUGUCUCUGGGAGCGGUGACAGGUGUUAAGAUGGAUCACUUCAGUGUCCUGGAUCCUCGAAAACAAGAGCUUCUGGAGGCACGGAUUGGAGGAAGGGUAAUAGAAACCUCCUUUUUGGUUACCUCAGAUAAUGAGCAUGGUGGAGAUGCCCCAAGAAGUGCUAUUUCCCAGUCUAGUCCCCAGUUACCAAUACACAGUAAUACAGGAUCACAAGAAGCAGGGAAACCGCUUAUAAAUCUAGGGGAACCAGCAGCAGUACCUCCUCUUUUACCUAAGGUAGACUCCUCUAUGUACUUGGGUUCCAAGCAAGUCACUCCUUGCUCACCAAAGGCCUUACAGUCUCAUGUAGGUGGUCAUGAUGUGAUGAUUAAAAAGAAUACUGGACAGUACGGAUCACAGCCUGAAGUUUCUGUUAGUUCUAACAGACAGGUCCAGAGUGUGUCUUAUGCUCGGAGUAGUACCCAGGGGACACUAGAAAUAAAAGAAAUUGAUGGAAAUAAGCAUGUGAAUUUGGCUCAGAGCCUUUCACAGAAACGAUUUGAUAAAACAUACGACAGUGACAACAAAAGUAACAAGCACUUCAACUCGGCUGACCAACCAUGUGGAGUUCCUGAUGGUGUCCUGACUGGAGCACCUGAGAUGGACGACAACUCCAAGACUUCUGCUAAGACAAACAAGUCCUCUAACUGUACUGGAACUCCAGACAAGCCCUUGACAGGAGACUUGGAGUUGGAUCCUUCAGGUGAACCUGUCAGAGCAUCCAGUAAGAAGACUCCCAAAGCCAAGCGUCACCUAACAUCCCCAAGAGGGACCCGCGGAAACCCCAGAUUGGCGGGGGAGGUGGCCAGGGUGGGAGCCAGGUCGGACAGCCAGCUUCAGCUGUUUCUUGAGGCAGGGAGGCUGGAGAAGGUUCACCUCAGUGGGAGUAGUCCAAGCACUCCCACAGCCACUCAGCCACCCUCUUCCAUGUCCGGGUCUGGGUCCCAGCCUAUUGUACUGGAUAGACAAGAUUCCAAUCUUAGUACAGGGUCAUCAGACCGAGAAGAAGGUACCAGUCCAGAAAAAGCCCAACAGCGAACUCCGAAUGACCGCAAAAGGAAGCGGAAAGGAGUGCAAGGGGUUCAGAGUGACGAGGGAGGAGGGGGCAGUGCCCCUAAGAUGAGCAGAGGAACUGAGGUAAAGAAAAUUAACGAUUACUUCAAACAGCACCAACAGCAACAACAGCAGCAGCAACAGCAACAGCAGCAGCAGCAACAGCAACAACAGCAACAAGCUAAUUCUCCCCACAGACACUCCGGAGCAAAGAGUCCAUCCCCACAAACACAUUUGAGCCAUAUGACUGGUCACAGUGGUGGUUUAGGAGAUCCGUUGGCUGGGUUGAUGCCUCCUCCCCGAGGAGUCCCCGUCAGUCAUCGAGCCACACAGAGUGAUAUCACAUAUAGACAGGUAGACGAGAUGGAGAGUCGGGCGUCAAUGGAUAUGGAGGCUAAGAACUCGAGGAUUGAUAAUUUACAGUGUACAAAUGAAGAACUAUCUCGACAGCUACAGAGUCAGAGCAAACUCCUUGAACAGAAACAAUUACAAAUUAAUAAGUGCAUUGAAGUAGUCAAGAAAUUACUAAUUGAGAAGUCAAAUAUAGAGAAGAAAGAAGCGCGGCAGAAAUGCAUGCAGAAUCGGUUAAGGCUAGGACAAUUUGUCACUCAGAGGGUUGGGGCCACCUUUCAGGAAAACUGGCAGGAUGGUUACGCCUUUCAGGAGAUUACAAAACGUCAGGAAGAACUCCAGUCAGAAAAGGAGGAGAUCGACCGGCAGCGGAAGCUCUUAAUGAAGCGGAAACCCUCAGAGGGAGGAAGCAACUCUAGGAAACGGGGAUCAAAUAGCAACCAGAGUCAGGGUGGCAGUAAUCUUCCGAAUGGCCUCGGAGGUGAUCACGACCACAGGGACCUCACUAUCCAGGAAUACUACGAGUCAGAAGAAAUACUAAAGUUACGGCAAACUGCACUCAAGAAAGAGGACACAGACCUUCAGCAGGAGAUGGAGAAAUUAGAAAGGGAAAGAAAUCUACAUAUUAGGGAACUCAAACGAAUUCACAAUGAGGACCAAUCAAGAAUCCUCCAAUCACAGUCUUCACCUCGAAAUCCUCAUGACAUGUUCAACAACCAUCCCGUGCUAAAUGACCGGUACUUGUUGCUCAUGUUAUUAGGAAAAGGAGGGUUUUCAGAGGUUCAUAAGGCAUUUGACCUAAAGGAACAACGUUACGUAGCGUGCAAAGUUCACCAAUUGAACAAGGACUGGAAGGAUGACAAAAAGGCUAAUUAUAUCAAACAUGCCAUAAGAGAGUACAAUAUUCAGAAGAAAUUAAACCAUCCUCGUAUAGUUAAACUCUAUGACGUGUUUGAGAUAGAUGCAAAUAGUUUUUGUACUGUCCUUGAAUACUGUGAUGGUCAUGACCUUGACUUCUACUUAAAACAGCACAAGACUAUCCCUGAGCGAGAAGCAAGAUCAGUGAUCAUGCAGGUGGUAUCUGCGCUCAAGUACCUGAAUGAGAUCAAACCACCAAUCAUUCAUUAUGAUCUUAAGCCAGGAAAUAUCUUAUUGACCGAUGGAAAUAUUCUUGGGGAAGUCAAGAUCACAGAUUUUGGUCUUAGUAAAGUCAUGGACGAGGAUAGUUACCAUCCUGACUACGGGAUGGACCUCACCUCUCAGGGGGCGGGCACAUACUGGUAUCUUCCGCCAGAGUGCUUCAUUGUAGGCAAAACUCCACCCAAGAUCUCUAGUAAGGUCGACGUGUGGUCCGUGGGAGUGAUAUUUUACCAGUGCCUAUAUGGAAAAAAACCGUUUGGUCACAACCAAAGUCAAGCGACCAUACUAGAGGAGAACACGAUCCUCAAAGCCACAGAUGUACAGUUCCAACCCAAACCAGUGGUCAGCAAUGAGGCCAAGCAAUUUAUUAGGUGUUGCCUGGCUUAUCGUAAGGAGGACCGCAAUGAUGUGUUGACGCUGUCUUCCAAUCCUUACCUUUCUCCGCCACUACCAAAGAGUGGUCGACAGUCAGCCAAUAGUCAGCAGCAAGCGGCAGCGGCAGCCUCUGCUGUAGCACAGGCAGCAGCUGCUCAGCAGCAACAGCAAGGGGGAUACCAGCAACCAUUUUCCACUGGUCUCUUGGGGCUUGGGAACAUCCACUCCUCCACCAGCUCAUAAUGACACGCCACCCACUGUAGGGGGCAUGUCCAGCCCCAACACCCCCUACCUAGCCCCACCCAGCCCCAGCCAGGUCCUCACAAGCCUCACAGCCUGCCGACAACCACCUGUUGCCCACAGCUUCCACCUACAGUAAUUUGGCCAUAGUGACCACAUAUCUUUCUUGAGUUCCAACAUGAUUCACACUGCAAGCAAUCAGGGUUCAGUACAGUUGGAACAUAUUAAGUGUCUCUUACCUCAGCUUUCAAUAGCCAUGACAGUAAAUCUAAGAUGUAGUUUUGCCAUAGAAUUUUCUGGACAGCGGGCAGGAUAAUUCAUUCAUGUUUAGGUUUUCCAACUUGGAUUUUAAGUUUCAUUUUUACCAUUUUGAAACCUUGUGAUUUCAAUAUUCAUUUUUACCAUAAAAAACAUCUUAAUUUUCAUUUGUUACACUCGUAUUUUUAUUAUUUGUAUAGUUUUUCAUUGCUGUUUUUCUUUUUUUUAUUCAUUCAUUCAUUUUCCAUCAACAAUAGCUUACAUAAUUUUAGCAAUGUGAUAAGCUAUAAGAGAUUACCAGUCAGGAGCAAGGGUAGCAGUUGGAUGGGCAGAGGUGUGAGGGGGAGCUCUGGGUGGACACGGGCAUUGGGGCAGAGGCUCAACACACCACUAGAGACUCCUGUGUUCCUACUUGGUGCCACAGCCACCCACUGUUGAUGUGCUCUGCGAAGGAUGCUGAGGAGGAUGCGGAGCCAGGCAGCAGUUUGGUUCGUGGUGCCAGUGCGCGGCGCGGAAGAGAUUCCAAUGUGACACUUUGUUGACAAGCUCGACACUAGUAAGCCAAAGUUGUGAAUAAUCAGUGCCAGGGUCAGGAAGAUGCCCACCAACGCUUAUGAAAUCCAUGUGUCUGGUACCUGAAGUGAUGUUGAAGCAUUGAGCAUGGACACAAUUGACUCAGUUGGUAGGAACACAAAAACAGUGAGCGUGGUGCACCAAUUGGACAGUGAACAGCCAUGGCUAGGGAGUGGGGAUACGUGUAGGGAACCAUUCUUUUGACUCCCACCAGCUGGGCAUGAUGACAACGGGUAGGGCGGCAGGAGUGAGAGUUGUGAGCCACCAACUGAUGUGAUGUGAUAUUGUGUAGUCGUGAGUCUGAACUCUGGAUUCUGGCACGCAGGUGUAGGUUGUGGAAGAUGCAGCAGCCGGUAGCCA